GGUUACUAGAGUUCAUUCCUCCCAUCAGCAGGAGCGAGCGGAGGACCACGCCCUUUGCUCCACAAACCACGCCCAAUAUCUAAACUCUGCGCUCUGAUUGGUUGGCUCGACUAACGGGGCGUUGAUUUCCGGUAUGCGGAGGCUGGAAUUUCAGGUUUCUCCCUGUGUUUCGGGGUAGCGGUGACGCGCGUCGCCCUGAUCACCGGCUCAUUUCCAUCUUUCCGUCUUCAUGAAUUUGAUUGUAUGUGUUUAGUCUUAGAUAAGUAUGACUGAGAGCGCGGGGAAUAAAAAUGAGGAUUGUCAUGCAGCGAAUGGUGUGAAACCAGGAAAAAAUGGCAUGGUGAAGAACCAUCAUCACCAUCAUCAGUAUCAAAAGCAGGAGAAGGUUUACCAUGCUGCAUGCAAUGGAGAACUUUACAGCAGGCCGUUCAUCGAGUCCUUUGAGGAAACUCCCAUGCUGGUUGCUGUGCUCACGUACAUGGGCUACGGCAUCCUCACGAUCUUUGGAUAUCUGCGGGAUUUCAUGAGGGAGUGGAAAAUAGAAAAAUGCCACAUAGCCAGAGAAAGGGAGGAGCAGAAGGACUUUGUUCCACUUUAUCAAGACUUUGAAAAUUUCUACACAAGGAACUUAUACAUGAGGAUUCGGGACAGCUGGAACAGGCCCAUUUGCAGUGUUCCUGGGGCCACGUUUGACCUUGUUGAGCGCAGUUCCAAUGAUUACAACUGGACCUUUGAGUACACUGGGCGAGUGGUGAAGGAUGUGAUAAACCUUGGCUCGUAUAAUUAUCUGGGCUUUGCAGAGAACACAGGCGCCUGUGCCACAGCUGCUGGAGAGGUGACGGUGAAAUUUGGGGUGGGCGUGGCCAGCACUAGACAGGAAAUGGGCAACCUCGACAGGCAUGAAGAGUUGGAGAAACUGGUGGCGUCAUUCUUGGGAGUGGAGUCGGCUAUGGCUUUCGGCAUGGGGUUUGCAACCAACUCCAUGAACAUUCCUGCGUUAGCUGGCAAGGGAUGUCUGAUUCUCAGUGACGAGUUGAACCAUGCCUCUCUGGUACUAGGAGCCAGGCUGUCCGGCUCCACCAUCCGGGUCUUUAAGCACAAUAAUAUGCAGAGCCUGGAGAAGUUGCUGAGAGACGCUAUCGUUCAUGGUCAGCCUAGAACUCAUCGGCCCUGGAAGAAAAUCCUCAUUCUUGUGGAGGGCAUCUACAGUAUGGAGGGCUCCAUUAUACGGCUGCCAGAAGUUAUAGCCCUGAAAAAGAAGUACAAGGCCUAUCUUUAUCUGGAUGAGGCUCAUAGUAUCGGGGCAUUAGGACCCAAUGGUGGAGGGGUGGUGGAGUAUUUUGGAUUGGACCCCAAAGAUGUAGACGUCAUGAUGGGCACCUUCACAAAGAGCUUCGGUGCUGCUGGUGGAUACAUAGGAGGGAGGAAGGAUUUGAUAGACUACCUGCGAACUCACUCUCACAGUGCAAUUUACGCCACCUCUAUGUCGCUUCCUGUCGUGGAGCAAAUCAUCACUUCUAUGAAGUGCAUUAUGGGGAAGGAUGGAACAACAAUAGGCCGUUCACGUAUCCAGCGGUUGGCUGAAAACACAGUCUAUUUCCGUAGGAGACUGCGGGAGAUGGGAUUCAUCAUCUAUGGCAACAAUGACUCACCUGUGGUACCCAUGAUGCUCUACAUGCCCGCCAAAAUCGGGGCGUUUGGUCGGGAGAUGUUGAAGAGAAACAUUGGAGUAGUGGUGGUGGGCUUCCCAGCCACGCCGAUCAUAGAGUCCAGAGCCCGCUUCUGUAUCUCUGCGGCCCACACCAAGGAAAUGCUGGACAGGGCGCUGGAUGUGAUCAGUGAAGUAGGCGAUCUGCUGCAGCUGAAGUAUUCGCGGCACAAAGUUAUUCCCUCAUUGGACCGGCCCUUUGACGAGACCACAUAUGAGGAGAACGAAGAGUGACAUAAUUCCUAUCUGAACCAAAUGUGCACUGCUCAUCUUCUGCUCUCUGAAAGGAAGCAGCGAACCACUUAAUAAAUAUAACUUUUUUUAAACUUAGGUAUAUCAUCUUUAUUUUAACACAUGAAGCUCUGAACACAAACAAAACACUGAUGCUUUUAGAAAAAAAAAAAGUUUUUUGUCACUCCCCAGUUUCCUCUACUGCAUUUGUCACCUCAGUUUUGUUUUGACGUGAGGUUUGGGGUCUGUUUUUAACUCGUUGUGGCAUUCGUUUAGGGAAAUUAAUACUUUGAUUUUCCUCUGCCAGCCACAGGAGGCUUUGAGCUGCUUGUGUACUUGCUAAAGCCAUAUGUCACUGCAGCCUUCAGAACCGUUUUUGUGUACAAAAACCAUUGAGACAUUUUUUUUUUCUCUAGUAAGUGAGAACAGACUGGCAGCGAACCCAUAAUUCCGAGGAUCCUGACCUAUGAAAGGAAUUACAGGUUCUUCUUAUUGCAUUGUCAGUACAUUCACUGUGUUACCUAAAUCAAACUCUAAAACCUUCAAAACUUGGCUCUCUAUUUGUUGUUGUUUCCACAGAUUUUGACUUGCGGCCAGCUCUGCUGUCUUGCUUCAAUCUGGCUAUCGUUUUUCUUAUGUUACCAGGAUAUUUAUUUUUUCAUCGAGAUACAAAUCUCGGAGGGCGAUGUUGGUUAUGUCUGAGGGAAGUCUAGGUAGAAACAAGCAUAUUUAUCGAAUUUUCACCUCUGAGGAAACUUGGAUGCUGAUUAUAUGCAUUAUCUCCAAAGCUGCAGCGCAAGUUGUGCGGUUUGAUUCCAAAACCUUGUAAAAACUUUACAUUUGAAAAGAAUCAUUCACCCAAAAAUGAAAAUGUGGUGAAAAUUUACUGGACUUCAGGCCAUCCAAGAUGUAAAUGAGUUGGUUUCUUUAGCAAAAUUUAGGAUGUCACUUGCUCACCAAUGGAUCCUCUGCGGUGAAUGGGUGCCAUCAGAAUGAGAGUUCAAACAGCUGAUAAAAAUAUCACAAUAAUCCACAAGUAAUCCACACGACUCCAGUCCAUCAAUUAAUGUCAAUUAAUUUUCAUUGGAGAAAGCAAUAUUAUGGAUAGAGGACUCAUAUUUGAAGUUUAAAUAUAUUACAAACAUGCAGCUUUUUGAUGCACAAGACAUUAAUUGAUGGUCUGGAGUCAUGUUUGUUACUUGUGGAUUAUUGUGAUGUUUUUAGCAGCUGUUUGCACUCUCAUUCUGACGGCACCCAUUCUCUGCAGAGGAUACAUUGAUGAGCAAGUGAUGUAAUGCUAAAUUUCUCCAAAUCUGUUCUGAUGAAGAAACAAACUCCUCUACAUCAUGGAUGGCCUGAGGGUGAGUAAAUUUAAAUUUUACUUGGCAUGCAACUAUUUUAAUUGUGACUACUUAGUUUAUGAGUGCAAUGCCAUGAAUAACUAAUAAGUUAGCUCUCUCGCAAAAGUUUUCAUUGUGUAGUUAUAUAAGUUUUCCUCAAUAUUGAUUAAAGUUCAUUGUCUUAUGAUUUCCAAAGUCUUUAAAACACUUUUCAGCCUUCGGGAAAGAAGCUUUAUGUUAUGUAUAUGUUUCUUUAAUGUACAUAUUUAUUUAUUUUUCAUGUUUCAUAUCUUUUAUUGUUUGGAGAAGUGUACUCUAAUCAUCAACGGCAGCUCCAGAUAUCCUCAUGUAUGCACAUGCAUGAUGUGCAUGCUCUCAGUGCACAGACUACUGAUGAGUGUUUUUUAUAUCAUUUUAAUAUUCCCAGCAAAGCAUGUGGGAUGCAAUCACUGAAUCUGCUGGUUUAUGAUGCUUUAAAGGUGCUGAAAUGUACAUUCUUUGUUCUGUUUUGUGGCUUCUGUCGCUUUUGUCCUGUGGGGUAGUUCUUCUGUGUAUUUUAAUUUAGUACAAGUCUUUUACAACAUCAAAAUCCAGGGAUAUUUCUUUUAAACCAUUUUUUAAAAACCUGUGUUCCUUUCUAUACAACCAGAACAGAAAAUACACAGAUUAAGAGAUGUUUCAAAAAGCUAAAGAUGGAAACAAUCAUAUUUUUUUUUUCUUGAUGAUAUAAAAACUGGCAUUUAAGAAAGAUUAAUCUAACUGCAAAGACUUCUUGUUCGGAUAAAACACAAGCUUUACCAGUACAUUCACUGUAUGUGUUCUAAUAUGACUUGGAUUUUGCUGCCUGUAGUGCAUACAGUUUUUAAGACCUACUUUUGAAUCACAGUACACUGUGGGCUUCAUCAGUUCAGGAGUUGUUCCACCCCUCUAAGGAAAUUAAAUUACUAUGAUUAAAUGUA